AUGGAGAACUAUCCAUCUUAUCAAAGACCGCUGGACGAACCAAUAUGGGGAAGAAGCAGCUACGAUAUUCAUCACAGUACAGCGCCGAUGCAGUCAAGCAGCGUGUUAACCCAGUCGCCUUGUCCUCACCACACAACUGUUGUGCAGUCGUCUUCAAAACCUCCUGCCGAAUCCGAUAUUUAUAGGGUGGGCAUAUAUGGUUGGAGGAAGCGUUGUUUGUACUUUUUUAUUUGCACACUUACCAUUGUUGUUAUCCUGAAUCUUAUGGUUACCGUAUGGUUGCUUAGAGUGCUAGAUAUAUCCCAAGAAGGAAUGGGAGCUAUGAAAAUUGGUGAUGACAGUCUACGUAUAAUAGGUGAGGCUCAAUUCGAAAGGCCAGUACGAUUUAACGAACUUUCCACAUCAUUGGGCGGAACGCUAAAAAUCGAAUCAUCUGAAGGUGUUAAUAUAAUUGCACGAAAUGUAACGGCACAUCAAACAGCUUCAUUAAAUAUGAAAUCAGAUGGGACAACGGAAGCAAUCUGUGACCAGUUUGAGAUCUGGGACAACUCUAAGAAGAAGAUAUUUUUUGCGAAUUCCAAAGAAGUUGGCAUGAAGCUUGAAAAUCUACAUAUUUUAGAUGACGGCGGAAGCAUAUUUGAAGGGGCAAUACAGACGGACUUAGUACGUCCACUUUCGAAUAAGCCAUUGAGUCUUGAAUCGCCCACUCGAAGUCUGAAAUUAGAUGCAGGACAGGACAUUGAGUUGAAUAGUGCAGCUGGAGAGAUCCAGUUGUCAUCACUAAACGACAUCACUCUUUCUUCAAAAAAGGGAGCAAUUCGAUUAGAAUCCAACGACAUUUUCAUAUCUGGAUUACCAAAAUUUGAGGGUCGAACGGGAAUUUCACAUUUCCAACUUUGUAUGUGCGAUAAUGGUCGACUGUUUCUUUCAGCCCAGGGGGCAGAUUGUCGUGCUGAGAGUCAAAUAUGCGGUUGA